CCAUACAUGGCACCCUCCUACAACACAAAAAUUUAAACAGAAGGGAAAACCACCCCCUUAUCCUACCGCCGCUAUCCCCUGCCCUGCCCUGCUGCCUCCAAUAGAAUGCGCGCCCCGGUGAGGCCGCCGCAGCCGCCGCGCCUCUCGUCGCCUCUGCCCCUCCAAGCUCUCAGACCCAGCUUCCACUCCUCUCUCUCCACCUGCUCCUCGUCUUCUUCUUCUUCUUUUUCAUUCCUCUUCGGUUUCAGACCGAGGCGCUUCCACUUCCUCAAGCCCUGUUCGUCCCUCAAAGAGACCAAGAAGCAGCAGACCCUCACGAAAGCCCCCACAGCGGCGCCGCAGAGUUUCAGGAGGCUCUUGAAUCUUGGCCCCAAGAACGAUGAUGGCGAGGAGAGCGGCGGCGAUGGAGGCCUGGAAGGGGAGACUGCUCUUAAAGGUACCCUUUUGGCGGGGCUGUUUCUUGUGGGUGUGGUUGGAGGGUUUGGUACUGUUGGGUACAUCUUUAAGGACCAGAUCAACGCCUUCUUGAACCAGUUUUCGGGUUUCAUUGAAGGUUAUGGGCCAGCUGGAUAUGCUUUAUUUGUAGCAGUUUAUGCUGGGUUAGAAAUCCUUGCCAUACCAGCUAUUCCAUUGACCAUGUCGGCUGGUCUCCUCUUUGGUUCUAUUACUGGAACUAUCAUUGUCUCCAUCAGUGGAACAGUGGCUGCAAGUGUUGCUUUUCUAAUUGCCAGAUAUUUUGCCCGUGAUCGCAUUCUUAAGUUGGUGGAAGGAAACAAGAAAUUUCUUGCAAUUGAUAAGGCGAUUGGAGAAAAUGGUUUUAGAGUUGUUACACUUCUCCGUUUGAGCCCUUUGCUUCCUUUUUCUCUUGGGAAUUAUUUAUAUGGACUCACAUCUGUGAAGUUUGUUCCUUAUGUGCUUGGAAGUUGGUUGGGGAUGCUUCCAGGAACAUGGGCCUAUGUUAGUGCUGGCGCAUUUGGGCGAGCAAUAAUUCAAGAAGAUACUGAUCUGGGUCUGUCCGGGGGAAACAGUCAGCUAGUUACACUCGGUCUAGGACUACUGGCAACAGCUCUAGCUGCGGCGUAUGUUACAAAGCUGGCUAAGGAUGCUGUCAAAGAUAUUGAGUAGAUAAUGGCUGAUGACUGUUUGAAUCAAGCAUAGAUGAUACCGCCCGGAUUUAUAAUCCUGAAGGUGUUAGUUCAUGUAAAUUGAAUUGUAUCAAUUACCCAAAUGAAAGAACUGACAAUUUUUUAGCUGUAUGGACCAUCUACCAUGCAUUAUAGAAUUAAUGAAUGAUUUUAGUUGUA